UUCACACGCACGCUCAGCGUUAACCUUCUAGAUUUCCUGUGUUUGGUCAGGAAGUGGCCGGCUACGGUGUAAAGCUCGAUAGAGGAAGAGAGACGACAAUACCAAGAUGGAAAUCUCCUCGCUCUGCGUAAUGAUCUCUGCGACGCUGGUCAUCAGGCCCGACAGAUCCCAGUUCUUCAAGUAUGAAACCGUCAAUCUAAUUUGUGAAUCAAACUCCACCCACUGGAGCAUCUGGAGAAGCACUUCCUUGAAAAGUCCUGACGUUUGCACGCCUGGGUGGGGUAUCCCUGGUAACUCCUCCUGCGUGAUUGACACAGCCUUCCCGUCGGACACUGGGGUUUACUGGUGCCAGUCUCUGCAGGGGGCCUGCAGCAACACCAUCAACAUCUCAGUGAAUGAUGGAGGUGUGAUCUUGGGGAGCCCGACAUUUCCUGUGACGGUGGGAGAUGAAGUGGUGCUUCACUGUUCCUACAAGGCUAAAAAUGGAGUCAAGGCCACAUCAGAUUUCUCUGCUGCGUUCUACAAAAACAACACCUUUAUCGGCAACCAACCCGGCGGGAAGCUGACCCUCCAGAAUGUGUCCAAAUCCGAUGAAGGUUUCUACAGGUGUGAACAUCCCAAGGGAGGAAAAUCACUGCCGAGCCGGCUCGCUGUGAAAGAUCGGCCUACAGAUGUCUCUACGCCUCCUCCUCCACCCGUGCCUCUGGCCAGGCUGCUGUGCUCCAUCCUGUUAUUCAUUACCUUCACUGUAAUAUUCAUAGUGUGUAUUUACAUCUUCCAACGGUGGGCAAGAGCUCGAGCUCAUGCUUAAAAGAGAGCGAAGAAGAAGAAGAAGACCUUUUUGUUCAUAUUUCAUAUUAAAAUGUGUUCAUGCUGAUGAUUUAUAACACAAUGCCUUCAUGCUUUACUGAGUAAUCCUUGCAGCAACAAAUAAUGUAAACGUUGUACUAAAUUCUGCACUGAAUCUUUAGUUAAAUUACAUUUCAGAUAAUAUUAUACCCUUUAAAAAGAAAGUAAAAUAAAUCAUAUCAUAAUA